AUGACGUUGGCGGCGGGAUGCACCGCAGCUCCACCGUGGAGGGUCGUGGCCGCGCAGGAGGGACCGGCGGCCUGGGCUGCAGCCGGGGCUGUGUGGCUUGAGUUUCACCGUCAAGGACGUGACGAUGCACGAAGACCAGUCGCGCUGGUCGGUGAGAUGCAAAUCACGUCAUAUUCCGGUGGCUUGGCUCCUAACCGCAAGGCGUUGGAAGGAUAA